GUUAUUUACCUCAGCAGGGUAUCUUUUCCCAGGCUCAUGCAUAGCUGAUUGUUGCAGACUGCCAGGUGAUUUAUCUUCUCGGGUGGAGUAAAAUCGAUCCUCUGCUUGUUGAAAAUAGGCUUUUCCUCCUCUAGUCUUACAUUGACAAAGCCUGAUGGACGAGCAGUACAACGUGUUCCUUAUAAUCCUCACAAAUAUUAUUCUAUGGAGAAACUGGUGCUUACCUGAGUGUGUUAUACCGAUGUUAGCAGACGAGAGGCGGCUGUGCUGCUGCGCACUUUGCCUGGUGUUUUGUGAAUCCUCGUACUCGUCCAGGAUUGAAGCCAUACUUAAAAUCGAACUGGCGUCCCCUUAUCCUUAAAGCAAAAAGGCUAAAACGACAUGAAUGAGCAGCUAGCUUCCUAGCUAGCCAGCCGGCCGCCUAGCUAGCAGCGCAUUCACUAAAAUGACUUACCGACCCGCUUAAUCCAGCCAAAGUGCACGUUUAGUAUAUUUUAAACAUGGACGAUCUGUAUAGAAUUAAAGUAUUACAUUGUAAACAUCCAAUAAAGGUUAACUUCCGAGUAGCAGUGUGGAUUCUGUGGAUGAUGAGUCAGGUGACAGGGGGGGGUCAUGUGAUCGUAGUUGAUGUAAUGCUCUUUUCUGACACCAGAUGCCGCUGUUAAUGAAGCGAGCAGAGCCGCUGUCCAGUGGGCGUGGCUAUGCAAACAAACAACCUGUCUGAGUGGAAAGUUCAAUAAAAAGAAGAACGCAUCCCUCCUGUAACAGUGUAAAUGCAACACACCGGAUGGUACCGACCGCAGGGGUUGACUGAGUCCGCUAUCAAACGCUCCUUGUACGGCCCGACAUGCCACCGCAUAUGGAGUACUUCUACCACGAGUCCCGCGUCCCCUCCGCUUGCGGGCUAACCCGGGAGGACGAGCUGGAACCUGGCGUCAUCAGCUGCAUGCUGGUCGGGGACGGAGCCGUGGGCAAGACCAGCAUGAUCGUCAGCUACACUUCCAACGGCUACCCGGUGGACUACCGGCAGACUGGCUUUGACGUCUUUUCUGGUCAGGUCCAAGUUGAUGGGACCCCAGUCCGAGUUCAGCUUGUGGACACAGCAGGACAGAGUUUGACGAGUUUAGGUCGCUGUCCUACUCCCACACGGAUGUCUUCCUCCUGUGCUUCAGCAUGGUCAACCCCACCUCCUUCCACAACAUCACCAAGAAAUGGGUCCCCAACAUCCGCGCCUACAACCCCACCUCGCCCAUUAUACUCGUCGGCACGCAGUCAGACCUCCUUCUGGACGUCAACAUCCUCAUCAACCUGGACCGCUCCAACGUCAAGCCUGUCCCCAGCGCUCGGGCGCAGAACAUGGCGGAGAAGAUCCGGGCUGCCGACUACAUUGAAUGCUCGUCGCUCACGCAGAAGAACCUGAAGGAGGCGUUCGAUGCGGCCAUCUUUGCCGCCAUAAAGAACAAGGGCCGGCAGGCCAAAAAGAGGCGCUCGUCGGACAGGCGGACUAAAACCUUUUCCAGGUGCAGCUGGAAAAAGUUCUUCUGCUUUGUCUGAGCGUCAAUUCUCCGGGCUGUGGACCAAACCUUUUUAAUUUAUUCACAGCUUGUGGAAGUUUCUCUCAAACGGAGAAGACUUGACAGAAUGGGGAGAAUGCUCUGGAGCUUCUGAUUUACGCAUAGUUUGUUGCCAGGCUUGUACCAUAUCAGGACAGCUUUGUUGAAAACAUGCAAAACCAUGUCAGUUUUGCAUGUCUGUGUGGCAAAACACAGGGCUUUGAACUUAGGUUUCAUUACACGAAGCGUUCAGAGCACUCUCCUUGUUUUCGCCUAUUUAUAAUGUCUGGUUGCUGUGCAAGGUUUCACAUUCUUACCGACUGGUUCCAGUGCCUCGCGGUAAUUAACUCACAGGGACUUUUUGUAUUGUUACAAAAGGCAUGUGUGUGUGUGUGUGUGUGUGUGUGUGUAGCUUUUGUCGUACAAGAAGAAAAAUAACCUUUUGUUUUGGUUUUCAACUUCCUGGCAAUCAUUAACCAGGAACGUCCAGUAUGUAGCAUUUAAUAGACUUUGUUUUGAGUGUCCAGUUUGUCUUUCAACAUCAAAACCAGCGUCUGCAGGCAACUAUAGUUCUAAGAAGAAGAUGAAUUGCAUCCUUCAGGUUGGGAGACUCAGGGUGGAUUUAGGAUGCACCGGAGGGAAGUGCCCCGGUGUCUCCAGUUACAAUUGGAUGAGAUGACAGGAUAUUGAGAAAUCUGGUCCUCCUUACCAACCCAGAUGGACUAAACCACUAAAUCUCAGACAACCAAAGAGCAGCGUCAAACUUCUGUGUUUAAGGCUCUACGGCCCCACAAAGAUGUGAAAGGACAGAGAAAGACUGCGUAAACUAACUCAGGCAGACCCCACGCUACAAAAAUGACUGUAAAAACAGCACUAUAAAUUUAAUGUGGCUCCAAUGAAGUUGCAAGCUUUUUUGAGGACAGCGUCAUUUGCUGGGUAUGGUGCGACACGGUCUCAAUGCAAAGAUUGUGGGGUAUCUGUGCAAAAAAAAAGUUAUAUUUUGUAUCGAUAUGUGUAUAAUUGAGCAAAACUUGAUUAUGCUUCUCGUGGAAGCGGAAUGGACCAUGUUUGUUUUCAAACACCACUUGUCUGUUAUUGUGAAGCCCGUGUGUUUUCUUUACAUGUCAGAGUGAUUGACGCAAAUAAAUGA